UCCAUCACCAUCACAUAGCAUCCCACUGGCCCACUUGAUGUGUUAAAGAAGCAAUUUGAGAAUGGAUAGCAUCUGAACCGUCCAUUUCUCCAUAUGGCCAUCAGACCCACUUGCAUAAACGGCCUGGAUACGCUUGUUCCAGCAACGGCACUGUUCAGGUUAACGUUGAUAAGCUAAUUAGCUUAAUCGAGUCCAGAUACAGAGAAAGAAACAAGAAAAGUUUCUUAGCUGAGAAAUUUCAAUGGCAGAAUCAAAACCAGACUCAACAAAGUCCCCAUCAGAAAAAGAUGGAAAAUCUCCAAAUAUAUUUGAAAGAGCCAAGGAAGAGAUUGAGUCAAUAAUUCACAUUCCUCGCCAUCAUAAAGAAACGCAUGGAACAAGUGAUGAGAUUGAUGAGAAUACCUCCACAGAUGAAAUCAAAGGACCAGGUGUAUUUGAACGAGUGAAGGAAGAACUUGAGGCCAUUGUUGAAGCAAUUCAUCCAAAGAAGGAUGAAAAACACAAGUCAUCUUCCUAGAGAGGAAGUGAAGUAUGUCUGUGAAAGUAUGAUUGUUGUGGGAUUCAAUGGUGGAAGUCUGCUACAGUUGGUUAUUUAGAUGAACUUGGACAUGGCAGCAUGUAUCAUUAUUGUAUUGUUUGCUUUGAAAUUGAAAAACUCUAUUUCAUUUUA